AUGCCAGUGGAGGUUCUGAAGGUCAUGAAAAGUUUAUGGGAACAGAUAAGAAAUCAAUCAUCAGAAGUUUACCAAGAAAAACCAUUGUACUGCCAAAUAUAUUAUACGUUUAAUAAAGGGGUGCAUAAGAUAUCUAUAUGUUUGUUUCUAUUAACAGGUUAUUGGCGCCUGCUUACAGUUUUGUUCAUUAAAACAUCAGGAACUUCUGUGAUUUCUCUCUCCCCAAACUGGAACCCAAUAUUCAUAGGAGAAUCUGUAACUCUGACCUGUAAUGUGGCUCCUACUGCCCAAGGGAACCUGGAAUAUUCCUGGUACAGAGACGGACACCGGAUAUCUGGGGAUCAGCAGAGACUUGUCAUUCAUCAUGGCAUAUGGUCAGACAAGGGGCAAUAUCAGUGCCAGGCUGGUGCCAAUGAGAGAAGUGAUCCUGUUCAUCUAGAUUUGAAGACUGGUUGGGUCAUCUUGCAGGCGCCCUCUGCUGUCCAUGAAGGAGACUCCCUAUCUCUCAGGUGUCACAGUCGGCCUGGAUAUGAUACAAGGAACACAGUAUUUUACAAGAUCAAUAAUAUCAUUCAAUCCCAAGUCAGUGAGUCUGAGUUACACAUAGGAAGAGUGGAUGUUACUGCGUCUGGCACAUACAAGUGUAAAAAGGAAAUGUAUUUUUAUUAUCUUACUGGCAAUCGCUAUCGCUCUAAUGGAGCUGAACUACAAGUUAGAGUCCAAGAGCUGUUCACUAUCCCACAAAUAAAAGUGAGUCCAGAUCAGAUGACAGAAGGAGAUCACAUGCCCAUAACAUGUGACACAAAGCUCAGCCCACGAGAGACUACAGAGCUACAGUUUGUUUUCUACAGAAAUGGGCACAAUGUGCAGGGAUUCAGUUUAUCCAACCAAUAUGGAGUCCCCUCAGCUCAGCUGGAGGAUUCUGGGAAUUAUACCUGUGAGGUACAGACUCCAACUGGCAGAGUGAGGAAGAGGAGUAACAUAGUACAUAUCCAGAUACAGGAGCUGUUCACUGCCCUACAGAUAAUAGUGAGCCAAGGUGUGUUGGUUGAAGGAGAUCACAUGACCAUAACAUGUGACACAAAGCUCAGCCCACACAGAGAGACUACAGAGCUACAGUUUGCUUUCUAUAGAAAUGGGCACAAUGUGCAGGGAUUCAGUUUAUCCAACCAAUAUGGAGUCCCCUCAGCUCAGCUUGAGCAUUCUGGGAAUUAUACCUGUGAGGUACAAACUUCAACUGGCAGUGUAAGGAAAAUCAGCACAGAAUCACUUAUCCUAAUACAGGACAGACCCCAAACUAUUCCCCGGCUGAAUCUCACAAGACUGAUAUUAUCUUUAUUGCUAUUCAUCUGGGCUGUGUGUUUGAUCUGUCACAGAUAAAUGAAGCACAGGAGAUCUGGUAAGAGAAGAAGAUAAGUCCAAGAUUAGUUUUCUUGGAUGAAUCCAUCACUGGAAACAUUAUUCUACACCUCAUGCCAUAAAAUGAUUUAUUUGUUCAAAAAAAUAAAAUGCU